AUGCCCCUCCUCAGCGUACACAACCAGCAGAUCAGCUGGACUCCGCUGCUGGUACUGGGGUAUCUCUUUUACCUCCUUCUGGGUGCUAUGGUGUUCCAGCUGCUGGAGAAGCAGGCAGAGACCCAUUUUCGGGACCAGUUCCAGAUGGAGAAGCUCAAGUUCCUGCAGAACUACACAUGCUUGGACAGGCAAGCGCUGGAGCGGUUUGUACAGGUCCUCAUGGAAGCAUGGGAAAAGGGGGUCAACCCAGAAGGAAACUCCACGAAUCCAAGUAACUGGGACUUCAGCAACUCCUUCUUUUUUGCAGGAACUGUUGUCACCACUAUAGGUUAUGGUAACCUGUCCCCAAGCACGGUGGCAGGGCAGAUCUUCUGUGUGUUCUAUGCCUUAUUCGGAGUGCCGCUCAACCUGGCCUUCCUUAAUCAGUUGGGGAAAGGUCUUAAUGCUCAUCUGAUUACCUUGGAAAGAUGGGUGCAAAAGCCAGGCCGUGCCCAGGUGGUUCAAACACUGGCAGUGACCAUCUUCCUGACCGCUGGGACCUUGCUUUUUCUAGUGUUCCCACCAUUGGUCUUCAGUUACGUAGAAGGCUGGAGCUACGGAGAAGGCUUUUACUUCACCUUCAUCACCCUGAGCACCAUUGGAUUUGGGGACUAUGUAGUAGGCACAAACCCCAACAAGCACUAUAUCCCAGUGUACAGGAGCCUGACUGCGAUUUGGAUUGUUUUUGGCUUGGCCUGGCUGGCUCUGGUCUUCAAUGUGGGAGCUGACUUGAUGGAAAAAUUCCUUCAGCUAAAGUGGCACAAGCCUGACUUAAGCUUGGCAGAAGGAGCCACAAUCAAACUGGAAGAUGAACCGGAGCAGCCUAGAAUCCACAUCCCCAGCUGAGCAAGGGUAUCGUCCAAGCCUACAAGAGUGGCAUAACCCUCCAGGGAAACACCACAAGCCUGGGCAGGUGGGACUUCAGUGGGUCUUUCUUCUUCUCCAUCUCUGCAAUAACAACUAUUGGCUAUGGGAAC